AUGCUCUAUGGACUGAUUCAUGCUCGUUACAUUUUAACAGAUGAAGGUGUCCUGGCUAUGCUUGAUAAAUGGCACGAACAGGAGUUCGGCGUUUGUCCACGUUUCUACUGUGAAAAACAACCUGUGCUACCUAUCGGUCUUUCGGAUGCACCGGGUGAAUCAACAGUGAAAGUGUAUUGCCCUCGUUGUCAAGAUAUUUAUGUGCCAAAAUCAAGCAAACAUCAAAAUAUCGAUGGCGCUUAUUUCGGGACCGGAUUCCCGCACAACCUUUUCCUCGCACAUCCCAAAGAACGACCGUUAGCACCUCGAGGUACUUUUUUUCAGCAGUAUUCCUCGUGGUAUUACGACCGUAGGAAAUUGAGAUAUAGGGCCAAGGUUAACGAGCUAUAA